AUGUCCAACUUGGUACCUGUUCACAAAUCUCUCGAAAGUUCGCUCGUAGAUGUACCACUUCUCAGCAAAGAAGUCGAUGAUUCUGAUGUUUUUGAGAUGAUCCAACUCAAGCACCUGGUAACCCUUUCUGUUCUCCUCAUCGGAGUUGCUAGUCGUGGUUGUUUUGAUGCUGACGACAAAGAAAUUAGUGGAUUUUGUUAUAAGUUCGUCAAUCAAAAACUAACGUUCGAGGAUGCCAGAGACUGGUGUCAUUACAAAGAUCCUGUGACACAGUCAUAUUUGGCCUAUAUUCAAAAUCAAUUUACAGCUAACUUCCUUGCUUCAUACGGAAAAACAAUAUUUGGAAGUACUGAUGCCACAUUCUGGAUAGGUUUGAGUAGAGAAAGAAACUGGAUGCCAUUUACAUGGGAUAACGGAUACCAACUGGGACAAAGUUGGAGUAAUUUUGAUGGUCAAAUUAAGCAAAAUUACGUCGCCGAGAGAGUCUCCAAUGCCAAAUGGACUACUUUCGCAGAAAAUCAAACCAAUUAUUUCGUAUGCAGUUAUGAUCCAACUGAUCCACCGACUUUUGCUCCAAAAACUCCAACAAGACCAACUACAACCACGACUACAACAACGACUACAAGUGGUCCAACGACUACAGAAGUAUGCUCAAUAGAUGAUAGACCGGAAAUGAAAAGAUCGCCAUAUAAACAUCUUCAUCAAACAGUUUGUAUAAAAACUGACAUUAGGAAUUUCAAAAUACCGCUCAUUGAAUCUACAAUGAGAGCUUUCCAAUUAGUUUUCCUUUUCGGUGCUUUGUUAGUUACUUCUCUCGCUGUCCCACAGCGACCAACUGGCGAACCAGCUUCAAGAAGACCACCACCUCCUCCAUCCGAUUCUCCAAAAGAUCUUUCGAAUGCAUCCCGUCGUCCACCACCAAGAGGAACUGGAACUCCUCCGCCACCGCCAACCGGAGAACCCCAAGAGUUUAUCGGUGAUAACAACGCAUCCCGCCGUCCACCACCACCAUCACGUGGCACUGGAACCCCUCCACCACCUGCUUCUGAUGGACCAAAAGAUCUUGCUGCUGAGAACGCAUCCCGUCGUCCACCACCGCCACCAAGAGGAACUGGAACUCCACCGCCACCUCCAACCGGAGAGCCAGUAGAACUCAUCGAAGACGGAAACUCAUCCCGUCGUCCCCCUCCACCACCACGUGGCACUGGAACCCCACCACCUCCACCAUCUGAUGAACCAAAGGAUCUUGUGUCUGAGAAUGCAUCUCGUCGUCCACCACCGCCACCAAGAGGAACUGGAACUCCACCACCGCCACCAACUGGCGAACCUUCUCAACCAUGA